AUGGCGACUAAUUUAGAAUUACCCAAAAAUAUAGAAAAUCAAUUAGAAUAUUUAGAAAUUAUUAGCAAGAGACCCCGCACUUUUUUCAUUCAAGAAGCUCUAAAAAAUUAUUUAGAGGAUUUAGAGGCUUUACGUAUUGUUUUGGAACGAGAAGGACAACGAGGAGAAACUUACACCACCGAGGAAUUAAAAAAAAAACUUAAUUUGGA